AUGGCUCGACCUAACUCGCCGUCCGAUGACGAGUCACCUAGGACUGGAGGCGCUCCGACAGCAGCGGCCUUCGCAGAUACCAUACUCGAGAAGAUGGCACAGCAAGACGCCAUCCAGAAGGCGACAAACGAACAACUCGCCGCAAUCGCCGCCAUCUUGGCUCCUUUGGCCGGAAACUCAGGAGAUCCGGCCUCGACGGUCCGAAAACAGCUGUUCGACACUUACCGAACCGCCGGUGCAGAAAACACGACGAACACAAACGCCGCCCAGGUUCAAACACCCAGAGGCGUAGACCUCGUCACCGUCCGGGAACUCGCCGAGCUUAAGCGGUCGUUCCUGGACAUGAAAGACCGAAUGCUCGAAGGGCCUACAGCGGCGCCGCUGAUCGAAUGCGUCCUGGCCGAAACCCUAAAAACCCCUUUUUCCCGGAGAGUCACCGACGUUCGAUACCGACCAGCCGAGAAAAUCCGCCUUCCGACAUACGCCGGAAAGGCAUACCCAACCGACCACAUCACUGCUUUCAACAUCGCGAUGGGUCAAACCAACUUCUCCGAAGAGGAAAGAGACGCUGGCUAUUGUCGCCUCUUCGUCGAAAGUCUUCAAGGACCAGCCCUCGGGUGGUUCACUGGAUUGGAGCGAGACUCCAUCCACGACUUUCACGACCUGAAGACUGCAUUCCUCAAGCAGUACAUUAUGUUUAUGAGACAAGGAGCGACCUUAUCUGACCUUUGGAAUCUAUCUCAAGGGGCGAACCAAAGCCUCCGUGACUUCAUGGAAAAGUUCAAGACGGUCGCCUUAAACCCCACCACCUCGCUCCAAGACGCUAUCGCGAGGUCGAACAACUUCAUCAGAAUGGAAGAAGGUACAACAGCGAUUCUCAAGAAACUGAACACGGCCGCUAAACCGGCGACUGCUCCAAAAGCUCCUGAGGCACGCCAAGAACCUCGACAUCACGCCUGA